ACGUCGACGAAGUUGGGGGAGCUAGUGUAAUACCAAAGCCGUCAGUCUGCGUCCCAAGUUAUUUUUGGAAGAGAUUUCUUUCCAAAUGAAAACAUGUCAAUGCCAGCAAGAUUCAUGCAUGUUUUUCUAAUAUGGAUAUCGUUGGCAAAUUCAGAACAAUUUAAUACCCAAGUCAGCCAUCCAUGUAAUAUUGUGCAGUCCAAUAUGACAAGAUUUGGUAUACCAAAAGUUCCAGAGUUCCUGUUAAACCGAACACACACGUAUUUGUGCAGAGGACGUGACGGUAAAGGGCAGUCACAGAUAAAGUGUGGUGGAGAUUUUAUACUUCCAGAAUGUGUCUGUACCUACCACCAUGUAGCCGAUGAGGAAUAUCAUGACUAUACAGCAUGCAGAAAUAAUGACCAGGCUGACAGUAUAAAACACAUGAAAUGUGAACAAUGUGAAAAACAUAGUGUACAUAAUGCAGGUCCUUGUUUAAAUGGAGGGACAAUAAAUUGUAGCCCUGGUGAUUUAGCAUCUGACCUCAGUUGUUUAUGUCUAGAUGCUUUUUCUGGGAGGUUUUGUGAAUACCGAAACAGCACGGUAUACAGAAAAUGUCAAAGUGGUCUAAAGACAUCAAAUCUUCCAGAUUGUAAUGACACUUCUGUUAAGGAGUGUCAAACCUCCCUAGAGGGUACUGUCUUCGUAUGUUUGGACUAUUCCGAAGAUGAAGAAUAUAACCAAUGUAGACCGAAUCCAGAAUAUACUGCAAUCACUACUUAUGGUUCACCGGCACACUUGACAAACUCCUGCAGUAUAUCUGACGAAACCUUCCAGACUCUUAUGUCCUCCAUUAUUUUACAGUAUCUGCUCUGUGGAAGUUCUGUAUGAGAUAAAUUCCCGCCAAAACUGGAACGUUUGCUAUACAGUGUGCACUGAAAUAUAUAACUGUGGCAUUUUUAAUACAACGCUAUUGAUAUUGUGCGUUAAACUAUUUUUAAAUUUCUCAUUGGAUAGUUUCAAGUUGAUAUAUUAUUUUAGUUUCGUCUUAAAGAUAAAAUUCUUAAACAGUACCAUGCAAGCUUCGUCUUUGUUCUCAGAGGAUGGUUAGAUUAAAAUAAAUCAGAACAAAAUUACAUACAAAUGAAAAAAAAAAUAAUAGUAACAAGAAAAAUCUUAAUUUUCAAGAUGAAAAAAAAAUUAAUUUAAUGAACAAGAAUCGGUAGAAAGACACAAAGUCUUCCGUUGGAAAUGGAAGACCGUAUAACUAGUCUCAUAGUAAUAGAAUGUGAGAUUUCGGAAAAAUUAAAUAAGAAAAAAAGUUUAAGGACUUCCGUUAGAAAAGGAAGACCUUUAUUUAAAUGAAAUAGAAUAGAUUCUGGAAAAAAUAUAAAUAAGACUCGGUGGGAAAAAUUAACACUCUAAGGUCUUCCAUUGGAAAAAAAACAUUAACUAGUCUUAUUGUAAUAAAAUGUGAGAUUCUGAUGACUUUUUAACUUGAUAUAUGUUUGAAAUAUACAUACCAAGUUCUUUGCUGAUAUGUUGAUCUCAAAUCUCUAAAUGAAGCCUUGUUCAUGUGUUUGUUAAAUGCCUUGUAAGAUUUUUCACAUACAUGUAUAAAGUUCUACAUUCCCAGAGUUCUUUCCUGCCACUGACACCUCUCUUUUGUAAAAUAACUUGUAUCUAUAUGUCAGAAUAUCAAAAUAACUCUGACGUUCUUGAGAAGUAGUGAUUUUAUGACGUGGAAUUAAGGAAGAAUUAAGUGUAUAUAUAUAUACAUCGUAUGUCAAUCUUCAAAUCCUACUUGUAUGUCCAUUUAAAGAUAUCUAAACCAUCAGCUUUUCAUUGUUAUAUGUUACUUGGAUUGUCAUUUUAAUGGUAUAAAAAUAAAGUUGAAAAACAA